AUGGCUAGUGAAAGUGCUGACAACAUUAAUGUUGCUGUCGCCCUUAGCACUGCUCUUCUUCUACCAAAUGACUUGGAACGAAAUGGCAAGCUUAGUGAGUAUGAAAAUUACGCUCUUAUGCUCCAACACUCCGCUCAAAGGGAAGCAUCGUCAAUGGAGAGAGAGAUAAGGGCCCUUGAAGCAAAAAUGAAAAAACUGGAGGAUCAGGCCGAGGCUGCAACGAAAGUUCAAACUUUAGCUCUUGAGAAGGUCGAGGCUGCUGAAGCCGUUAAAAAAGUAGCUGAAGCCGAGAAAAGAAAGGCUGAGGCUAGGAAGGCCCAAGCGGAGAAAGAACUCCAGCCGACGCUAUUCCUACCAUUUCCUCCACCUCCUCCUGAAGGUGAAUCAGAGUCUGAGGCCGAUGCUGUGGAUGAAGAUGAAGAACAAGAUGAUGGUGACGCCUUGGUGAGAAAACCCAAGGAUGCUGCCGAAGCCAAAUCCCCUCCUCCUGCUGAGCAGGUUAUUAACUUAACUUUGGAUGAGGAGGGUGAUGAGGUUGAGGGGGCACCCAAGGAGACUGCCACUGGGGAGCUAUCGUCCAAUCUUCCCCUGAUAGAAAGAAGUGUUGAGGAAUCAUUGGCAGAGAUUGAUGCCGAGAUACAGGCGGAAAAGGUGGCCGACGAGGUUCCUCUAGAAUCGUCCGAGGUCCCAGUCCCUGCAGUGGCUAAUAUUGAAGAAGCUUGA